CCAACACUCAUCAACUUUGCGCAUGGCAUUAGAAGAGAAGACGUUCAUGACAUUGUAGAGGUACUCAGAACCAGUAACAUCAGAGAUUUAAGAAUUUUAGAAGGUGUGGCAAUUCCAUGUAUGCUGGCAAAGAAGAUAUUAAGCGCCUGUGACCUGCCACAUGAUGAACUACUGGACUUCUGUGGUAGGAUAUUGAACUACCACACCACACGUGGUAAUCUACCACAAGAAGUUGAAAAUGGCAACAGUAGUUCUGGUACUGCUCUGCAGAAGGUUUUCAUGAUGGCUAAAGAUAAAGAGGUGUCUGCACAUAUACGCAUCACUGCAGACAAGCUUUAUGUGAGAGUGAAGGAAUUUGAUCAGAAGGCAGGUACCACCCUUGCAGCUGUAUUCAAAAACAAAAAGAUCCCUCUAUAUGGAAAAAGCUGCCGAUUUGACAAGCAAGCCAAAAAGUGUGGACUGAUAACAAGGGAUGAAAUGACCGAAACAGAAUGGAACAGUCUGAUGGAACUCAGGGAUGCUAUGAACAAUCAACAAGGAAUAUCCACUGUCGAACCCAUGCCAACAUUACCCCACAUUACACCAGAAGAAACACCAGAGUCAACUCCACAGAUAUCACCAACACCUACACCAGAGGAACAAUCUCCAAUACUACAACCACUAUCAACACAGGCAGAGGACAGACCAAUUCUACCCACUCAGAGAGCUGCAACACCACCACAACAAAUGAAUCACUGCAAAUCACCAACAGAGACAACAAUAACUCCAAUAACUCCAUUCAUAGCAUCCAUCGAAUUAAAAAAGACAACACAGAGAAAAACCAAAGAAACAAAGAAGCGCAAAAUUUUUUCAAUCUCUGAGAAGUCAACAGGAGCAGAGUCAACAGAACCAAGGACCAAAAGAAAAAGAGAUGUCUGUUUCCUUGGCAAAGAAAUUGUCCAUACAUGGAACACUGAUGAAGGGCUUAAGCUAUAUAAAGGUAAAGGUAUUACUUUGUAACAUUAAAUACAUUUAAUAUUGCUAUAUAGUGUAUACUGUUAUUGAAACACAUGGGUAUUAAUAAUUAUCAUUAAGACUACUUAAGUAUGUAAUGGAAGCACCAGGGGGCCA